AUGACCGAAGAAAAUUUUAUUGAAAAGAGGCUGCAGUUAGCUUUGGAUCCUACUACUGAUUACAAUGUAAGUAGGAAGCUGGGACAUUUAAUUGACCCUGAUACAUGUGAAAUCGUGAAUAAUUGUCUGCUUGACCAGGAUAUUGUAGAGAAAUAUAGGAAUCAUAUUGAAAAAUUGACGGAAUCAUUGCAAACUCAUAUCCCGCUGACCAAAAUGUUAAUUAAUUAUUUUGGGAUUGCAGGAGAUGUGUUUGAGUUUAUAAUUACAGUAGGUGCAUGCAUUUUAUAUGUAAUGUCCACUUAUAUGAGUGAUGAUUAUCCGGAUGAAUUUGAAAUCAUUGAUCUGGUAGUUGCAUCAAUUUUUCUUUUUGAUUGGACUUUUCAUAUGUGGGCAGCUUCUUCUAGAUGGGAGUUUAUUUUCAGCAAAAUGACUGUAAUAGAUAUGCUAACUAUUAUCCCGGUUUAUGUUGAUUCAUUUGGGUCACAGUCAUUUGGGACAAGAAGUUUAAGCUUUUUCAGAGCACUUACUUCUUUUUUAAUAAAUUUUUUAUAAAAAUUUAUUUAGUUAUUAUUUUUAGUUUUUUUUAAAAUUAAUUUUUAACUCCCCUUUUGUGAGCGAGCAAACUCUUUCGUGUGGGUUAAAUUUAUAAUAAUUUUUUUUACGGAAUUUUAAUGAAAUUGGAAAUUAAAAUUUAAUUAAAAAUUAAUUUUUUAGAAUGCGAGCUGUUUAGAUUUCAACAGGUUAAUAUUAAAAAUAAUAUUAAAUAUAUAUUAAUUUUUUUAAAAAAAAUUGAUAUUAUAAACAGCUUUGCUUGUUCAAGAAGUGGUUUUAAUCCAAAAAUAGGAAUUUUCAAUGGUUUUGCUCAUUCUAGAAGGGGAGUAGGGAAAAUUAGAAUAUUUAGAGCUUUGAGAAUUUUAAGAAUUUUUAAAACAAUUGAAGCUGCCAAAGCAGAAGACGAUGAAAGUGGAAGGCUAAAAUACACUGUCGAUACCUCAGGAAUUUCUAAGCAGCUUGGGAUUACAGCUCUCACUAUAUUUUCUGUUUUAUUCAUAGGCGCAGGUAUUGCUAGCUCCCUCAAUGAUUUACAGCCUGGCUCUUUUAAUUGUCUAGGCACUUUCGAUUUUUUAUCAGCAAUUUACUAUUUAAUAGUAACUUCAGUCACAAUUGGAUAUGGAGAUAUUUAUCCAUUAAAAGCAGCAUCCCGUAUGGUUGUAGUAUGUUUCGUCCUAAUCAUGGUUUUUAUAGUAACCAACCAAAUUUCAAAAUUCGGGCAGCUUAUGGAAAGUUACUCUAAAUACGACACAAACUAUAACACAAGCAACCACAUAGUAAUUAUGGGAAAUUACCGAUUUAAGGUAUUGCACAGAUUUUUAACUCAAUAUUACCAUACUGACCAUGGAAAUGUCAAAACAAAAUGUAUUGUCAUUGGUGAAGAAUACCCAACACAAGAAAUGCUUGGCAUUAUUAAUGAUCCAAGAUAUGAAGGGAAGGUCCAAUAUUUAGAAGGAAAGUCAUCAAAUUCAUCUACAUUUAAAAAAGCAAAUAUUUUUAUAGCAGAAAGCAUUUUUAUAUGCUGAAAUAUUUAAAUAAUAUUUUUAAUAAUUAAUUAAUAUUGAUUAGUCUUAUUUAUCACAAAAAAAUUUACUUACAGACCAGCUUAAUGAUAAUUUAUUAUCCCAAGACACCUAUGUUACACUAUUAGCCAAAAUGAUCCAAGCCAGAGCUCCCUUUGUAAGGGUCUAUAUCCAAUUAACCAGAGCUAUGAACACUGACAAAAAAGAAGAAGAAUACAGUCCUGGGAGCUUAGCAAUAUCUACACAGUCAGUCAAAAUGGGGAUUUUAGGCUCUUCUAUACAUAAUCCAGGAUUUUGCACCAUUAUGGGCGGACUUUAUAUUACAGUAAACGACUCAGUUGGUGAUGGGCAUAACGCAGAAUGGCUAUUAAAAUUUGUCAGAGGCCUAGCUCAGGAGUUUUACUGCGUGCCAAUAUCAAGCUAUUUUGCAGGCAUGCUUUUUGACCAGGCUGUAUAUGUAAUUUAUACUAUGUGCAACGGAAUUUUGGCACUUGGGGUUAAGCUUGGUAGCUCAAAAAUGGAAAAACAUGACGUCCUGCUAAACCCUUCAAAAUACGUAUUAAAAAACGGGGAUUAUUUAUUAUUAAUUUGUGAUGACCAAGAAAGUGCUGAUUUAAUAUCAAAUUAUGACGCAGGAGAAACCCAUUCUCGAGGGAUUAUUUCAGAAAAAAGACAAAAAGCUAUUAUUCAGAUGUUUGAAAAAGAAAAAAUCAAGCAAAAUAUCUACAAGUGUGAUGUCACCAGUAAUGUGAUUGACCUUAUAAAUGAAGAUUUAAGCGGAAAAAUAAAAAAUCAUGUGCUUGUUUUUGGGAGUUUAGAAGAGUUUGAGCUGCUUUUAAACACUAUAAGAGUUUAUUCACAGCAACCGGUCUGCUUUUUUAGUGACCAAGACCCAGACGCAAGAUGGGAAAAAAUUUCAAAAAAAGGGAAUGUUUUUUAUUUACAAGGGAGCAUGCUUAAUUUUCAAGAUCUUUAUUAUUCUGGAAUUGCUGAUUGCUAUUGUGCAUUAAUUCUAUCGUCAAGUAGUCAAAAUAGCCAGUCACCGGAUUCUGAUGUGGUGCUGCUUAGCAGAAUUAUUGAAAUGUCGUUUCCUAAAGUAAAGUAUAUAGUGGAGCUUAUGGAUGAAUCUUAUAUGAGGUUCAUGGGAAGCCGCCCACAUGGGGAUUAUAUAAAUCUUCCAUAUCAUUUUUGGCCGAAGUAUAUUUCUGGAAAAGUGUAUUUUACUUCAUAUUUGGAAACAUUGAUUUGCCAGACUUAUUAUAAUCCUGAUUUAAUUGAUAUCCUGAUGAAAAUGAUGGGAAUCACAAAGCCACAGCCAGAAUCCAAAAAAUAUCAGGAAAAUUCUAUAAUAAAAACAAUAAAGCUGACUGCUGAUUAUUUUACUAAUGGUGAAUCCUGCCCCUACCAUGAUUUAUUUAUUGAUUUCAUCCAUUUAACUCCUCCAGUGAUUCCCUUACUUCCCCCUUUAAAUUGGAAAAAAAUAUUCUGUUCAAUUUAAAUGGGGGUUAAUUUUUUAUUUUUAAAAAAAAAAUAUAUAUUUAAUUUUUGAUAUAAAAUAAUUUUAAAAUUUUUGAAAAAAUAUAUAAAACUUUGAAUUUUAACUAAUUUUAUGAACAAAUAAAUAAUUUAAAAUAUAUCAGUAUGCAAAUGUUUAAAUAGCAUUUUGUCUAUUAAAUUAGGCUAUAAAAAUUAUUAUUUUAAUUGAUAAAAUUUUCCUAACAAAAUAUGCAAAUUUUACAAAUGUUUUGGUCUAAUUUAAAGGGGGGAGUUAGGGAUUUUUUCAAAGCGAUAUAUGCGUUCAGGUACCGAAUCAGAUGAAGAGCUCAAAAAAAUGGCAACAGUUGACCAUGAAAUUGUCAUUACAAACCCUGAACCCAAUAUGACAGUUUAUAAAGGAGAUAAAAUAAUUGUAAUUGGAGAAGUCCAUGAAACAACUAAAGAAAUUUCUUAUUACCCAGAAUUAGAUGAUUUGAUGAACCAAAAAGAAGAGAACUAUUUAUCAAGAAAAAAUAGCAACAUAGAUCAACUGGAAGACAUUGAGUAAUUUUUAUCUAGUGAAGAGGAAAAAGAGGAGGAAGACGCUAUUAAGGAAAUGAUUCAAAUUUUAGGCAAAAGACUUGAGGCUACUCCAAAGCUGCAAAGAAAAAUUGAAGCUAAGACAAGAAUGAUCCAAGACCUGCAUAAGGAAACAGAAAACUUGAAAGAAGAACUAUUAGGGAGAUAUAAUAUGAAAAACUCCUAA